GCUUUCUGGAAGAUUUAUCGCUAGCUCUAGAACUCGCCUUCUGGCUGACUUUCUGGGUUUGUCUCGAGAGAUAACUUGUUUUGCUCCAGCCCUCAUCCCCUUUCCUUGACUUCUUCAAUCGGAUGUUCUAGAUGACUGAAUGGAGUUUUGAGUUGGACUUUUGUGUCCCUGUCGAAAUUGAGCCUGAUCCCAGAGCACUGGGUGUGGGGUUGAGGUGUUUUUGUAAAAUGCAAGUUGGAUAAAAGGAGAACCUCUUGCCAAGGGCCCCAAUGAGUGGCACACAGUCUACUAUCACCGACAGGUUUCCCCUCAAAAAACCAAUAAGGCAUGGAAGUAUUUUGAACCGAGAGUCACCAACAGAUAAGAAGCAGAAAGUUGAACGCAGUGCAUCCCAUGAUUUUGACCCCACAGACAGCUCCUCCAAGAAGACAAAGUCUAGUUCAGAGGAGAGUAGAUCCGAGAUAUAUGGUCUUGUUCAGCGUUGUGUGAUCAUCCAGAAAGAUGACAAUGGAUUUGGGCUGACAGUCAGUGGAGACAAUCCAGUCUUCGUACAGUCUGUCAAAGAAGAUGGAGCAGCCAUGCGGGCUGGAGUACAGACGGGUGAUCGAAUCAUCAAGGUGAAUGGAACUCUGGUGACUCAUUCAAACCAUUUGGAAGUGGUGAAGCUAAUCAAAUCUGGUUCCUAUGUAGCUCUCACUGUUCAGGGACGCCCACCUGGGUCGCCCCAGAUUCCACUUGCUGAUUCUGAAGUAGAGCCAUCAGCCAUUGGACAUAUGUCUCCCAUCAUGACAUCCCCUCAUUCACCUGGAGCAUCUGGGAAUAUGGAAAGAAUCACCAGUCCUGUGCUUAUGGGGGAGGAAAACAACGUGGUUCAUAACCAGAAAGUAGAAAUUCUGAGAAAAAUGUUACAUAAAGAACAGGAACGGCUACAGUUAUUGCAGGAAGAUUACAACCGAACACCUGCCCAAAGAUUGCUAAAAGAGAUCCAAGAGGCCAAGAAACACAUUCCUCAGCUGCAAGAGCAGUUAUCCAAAGCCACAGGCUCUGCUCAGGAUGGAGCUGUAGUUCCACCCUCCAGACCUUUUGGUGAUACCCUAACUGUAAUUGAGGCAGAAGCAGAUCCUGGAGAUGGACUGGGCAAGACUGACUGGAGCAGUGGAGAGACAUCUAGGCCCAGUAGUGACAGUGCAGAUGAAUGGAAUUUCCCAGCCGGUGUCUUGUUUGUGGGUAGAGAAUUUAAUAAUGCCAGUGCUUUUUUUACUGAACCGAGAGGCCAACUGUUGAUAUCUUAAGAGCAUGUUAAUAUUCCAUUUGUGGUUAGAGUGACUCAGUCUUGAAUCAUGGGGCACUUUGCCAUUACAAAGAGGAAAAGCCUUAGUCCUGUUCAUAGACUUCAUUUAAUACCUCAGGUUUAGUAACAGCACUUUUCUUGAUUAACUCAGAGACUACCAUAUAAAUAUGGGUAUUUUUUAAGAUGAUAAUAAAAUAUAUUGAGUUGAAUAUGAUGUAGUACCACAGUUACAUGAAUAUUAAAAGCCAAGUUCAGAGUUACUCACUGAAGUAGUAUGCUGUGAUAGCAAGAAAAACUUAGAAAUAGAUCAUCCUCUUUAAAGAUGUUGAAGGGAAGUAGUUGGAGUCACCAUUUUUGUAGCUGUGGGUCAUGAAAUCAAAUUAGUGGAUUGUGACUAGUGUUUUGUUGGGUUUUUUUUGGAUAUCCUUUUAUUGGUACAUUUUAGAUGUACAACAUAAUGACAUUCAUCGUUGGAGAUAUGC